AUAAAAGAAUAUUUUCAUAAGCAUUAAAUCAUUAAGUUAAAGAUGACCAAUUAGUUAAAGAUAAUUAUUUUUAGUUUGUUAUUCAUCAUCUCAUCUGGUGAGAUUAUUAACAACUAGAGAGAUUUUAUGGUAUCAACUCAUUUAUCUGAUAGUAUAUUUUAGAAUUACUAUUGUGGUAAUAUUGAUGGGUUUCCUCACUUUAAGUUGACUUAUCAUUCUCAAUGCUUUUAUGGAGCCAAUCACACCAUGGAUAGAGAGUUUUGGAAUGAUGGAACAUCUCCCAGUACUUUCUUUUAUCUAUACAACUACCUAGAUAUGCUAAAUUUAGAAAUACCUCAAAAUUUCUAUUAAGAUAUUCUAAAAUUAACAUAGGAUUGGAAUUUGAAAAGAAUGAGGGAUAUUCUUUUAUGGGAUAAAUUAAAAUUAGAUGACCCUUAUGGUGUAGGAAUAGAUGAUAGACUCUGGUAUGCUAUUAGCUUUAUGUAGGUUCAAAAUAUUAUUGACAGGUAGAAUAAGACAACUCAAGACUUUUUUGAUCUUGCAAAUGAGAUAUUUGGUUGGGUUGGAAAAGCUUUUGAAAAUAACAUUUGCGGUGGUGGAGUAUUCUGGGACUGUGAUAAAAAUUACAAAAAUGCAAUAACUAAUCAUCUCUAUAUUGAUUUAGGCACUUAUUUGUUCGAAUAUACUUAAGAUGUAAAAUACAUUCAAAAAGUUAAGACGAUUGCUGAUUGGGAAAUAGGAGUUUCUGAAAUGCUUGACACUAAUGAUUAUCUUUUCAUAGAUGGUAUUUAUAAUAAUAAAAACUGCUCAAACAAAACCUACGAUAAGUGGACAUACAACUAAGGAGUAUAUAUGAAAGGUUACCUAGCAUUAUCUGAUUUUUACAAUGAUCCUAAGUAUAAAGAAGUUGUCUUUAAAUCUGUAGAAACAAUUACUUAAAACAAAAACCAUUUCAAUCAUAAUCGCUUACAGUUUUAUCCUUAUUUAGCUGAUAAACAUUUUGUAAUCCUUAAAGAGUAUGAAAAUAAUGAUUAAGGAGAAACUAGAGCAACUUUUAAAGGAAUAUACAUGCGUUAUCUUGGAUCAGUUUAUCUUUACACAAUAAAGGAUAGUUCAUAGGAAUCAUAAAAAAUUAAAUAAUAUAUUGAAAAGUAUGUUACCGAUAACUUUAAUUAUGUUUUCCCAUUAGCUAAUAAAAGAAACUCCUACCCAUUUAUUUGGAAUCAUUAAACUCCUAAAAUAUUGUAAGCUAUUACUGCUGGAACUACAACUACUGUUUUAGAUCUAUUUACACUUUACGAUUUUAUUGUAGCUGUAAAUAGCAAUCAGUAAUAGAACAAAAUGCAGUAAUGAUUUCUUUUGAAACUGUUGGAUAAUUUAAGAAUUAAAGGCCAAUAUACAAUCAAUAGAUAAUAACUAAAAUUUAUAAUUUAUUAUAUUAAUUGAAAAUAUAAAAAAUACGAAUAUAGUUUUAAAAUAUUUUUUUUUAUAGCAUUUCAUUAUAAAAUAAAUGAUAACAUUUUUGAUAAUUAAUAAUUUUAAUUCAAUUUAUUAAUAUAAAAAUAUUCUCAUA